AUGGGACUCACAUCCUGGCUAUUUGGAGGCCAAAAAUCACCACAGGAACAGUUACGUGCUCAUCAAAGAUCUCUUGGAAGAGCUGAGCGGGAGUUAGACCGUGAAAAGGUCAAACUGGAUCAGCGAGAGAAAUCUUUGGUUCAAGAGAUUAAAUCAAGUGCAAAAGCAGGGAAUACAGGUGCCGCUAGGAUUCAAGCUCGAGAUAUGAUGCGUUUGCGAAAUAGCAGAAAAAAGAUGAUGAAUGCAAAGACUCAAUUACAAGCCAUAUCUCUUCGUCUUCAGACAACGAGAACAAGUGAACAAAUGAUGCAAAGUAUGCGUGGUGCUACUCGGUUGCUCGGUGGCAUGAAUAAGAGCAUGAAUUUGCCAGCUAUGUCACGUAUUGCUCAGCAAUUUGAAAGAGAAAACGACAUGAUGGAACAACGCCAAGAAAUGAUAGAUGAAAGUAUGGAUGAUGCUUUGGAAGGUGACGACGAAGACGAAGCCGAUGAGCUUGUAGACAAAGUCUUGGAUGAGGUAGGUGUAGAUUUAUCCCAGGGACUACCAGAUGCCGCAACACAAGUGGGAAGUGUACCAGAGCUCAAGUCAGAGGGCAAUUUACAAGCAAGAUUGGAUGACCUAGCUAAACGAUGA